AUGGAUACCGACUUACAUAAUGUUAUUAAACGAGGUACAAUCCUGAAAGAUAUUCAUCGACGUUAUAUUAUGUGCCAGCUGUUUAGGGCUGUACGAUUUUUACACAGCGGAAAUGUGCUACACCGCGACUUGAAACCCUCGAAUGUCCUGCUGAAUACAGAAUGCCGAGUAAAGCUAGCCGAUUUUGGUCUAGCUAGAUCGCUUUCACAAAUUGAGGACUACCCGGAAGGACAAAAUAUGCCCGAACUAACAGAAUAUGUUGCUACUCGUUGGUACCGUUCGCCAGAAAUCUUAUUAUCUGCAAAACGCUACACUAAGGGCGUCGAUAUGUGGAGUUUAGGAUGCAUUUUAGGCGAAAUGUUACGUGGGAAACCACUUUUCCCUGGGACUUCAACUAUCAACCAAAUUGAACGGAUUAUGGAAACAAUUGUAAAACCUUCUGAAGCUGACAUAAAAAGUAUCGACUCUCCAUACGCAGAGCCAAUUUUCAUUCGAAUGCCACAGAAGCCACGUCGACCCUUAGGAACCCUUAUAGAACAAAAUGACAAAGAAGCGCUUGACCUUAUUGAAAAAUUACUGAUAUUUGCACCGUACAAACGACUGAAAGUAGACGAAUGCCUCUGUCAUCCUUACGUGCAUCAAUUUCACUCACCCGUAGACGAACCGGCUCUGACCUACGACGUAAUGCUUCCCUUACCCGAUCACAUUCAACUCAGUGUCGAUGACUACAGAACCAAGCUAUAUGAACUGAUUACUAUGAACAAAACCAAUAUAAAGAAGGUCCGCCGCAAAAAACAAGAUGACAGGUUACUCGAAACAAGUAAAAUAUGUGAACCUCCUAGUCAUCGCUCAACAACAAAACGCUUGGGCGCAGAUGGCAGCACACCGAAACAAGCACCGAUUGCAGAAUCCGAAUGCAGCGAUGUGGAUUACGACACUGCCAGGUCCACGCGAAGAUUCCGAAGCAGCAACUCCAGAGUUCCACAAAACUGCAACUUCAACUGCCGCCGGUACUACAAAGGUUAAAU